AUGUGGAAUCGAAAUGAAGACAUGGCUCCUUCAGUCGUCAAUGAUGUUGCAGUAGCUCAACCGAAAAACAAGAUAUCUUGUCGCCUUUCAAUCAUUCGUGACUUCAGUUUGAACACAUCAACACAUGCUUUACCGGGUAUUGCUCGGAGUGAGAGUUUGCAUAAUCGUAUUUUUUGGUCGCUUUCAUUCAUUAGUUUUACUGGUGUAAUGAUCUUUUUCGUUGUCAAAGCGAUCUUGGGCUAUUUCAAUUAUCCAACAAGUAUGGAUGUAAGCUUUAUUAGUGAAUGGCCACAGGAAUUUCCAGCAUUUAGCUUUUGCAAUAUCUCACCACUUCGUCUGGAUCUAUUUUGGAAGCCUUUUGUUAACUACUCCAUCAUGAAUAAUUGGACAAGUGCAAAUGAUACAACAUGGAGUCCAUCUCAAUUUUUAGAUCUUGCAAGAUUUCUCGUAAAUACUUUCAAUAAAAACGAAACGGUGGAAGCAUAUUUCUAUUCACUUUCUGCACUAAUGUACAAAUGUACAUUCAAUAAUAGACCAUGUUCAACAAAUGAUUUCAUUUCAUUUACAUCAUCCGUCUACGGUGCCUGUUAUACAUUCAAUGCAAAAUUGAAAAAUAAUGCCGGUCAAAAUAUACUUUAUGCGAAUGAAUAUGGUGGCGAUGGCAAGCUCUCUAUAGGUCUUUACAUACAUGGUCAUCAGUAUGUGCCUUUUCUCAUGGAGGGGUUUGGUGCCGUGGCUCUAGUUCACGAUAAUACACAAUUGCCACUUAUUGAAGCAGCUGGUAUUGAAUUAGCGGCAGGAUUAAGACACAAACUUGGAUAUAGAAAGAAGACAACUUACCUAUUAUCUUCACCCUAUACAACAUGCACUGACAAAGUAUCUCCUACUAUGCAAGCCAUGUUUGAAUAUUACAAUAAUACUAAUUAUGGCUAUUCUGAAACGCUAUGUUAUCAACUUUGUGGACAGGUUUAUGCGUAUGAGCAAUGCGGUUGUGUAAGUCCUUAUCUAUGGAAUGGUCGCACACUCUAUGUCUCGAGCAUCAACCGAGUAGUUUUUGCACCUCUUUGUGAACUCGAUAAUAUGUGUUACAACAAAGCCAUUGGUGAACUUUUAACUUCAUCUUCUCUUAUGAAGAGUUAUUGUUCAGAAUGUUUACAAGAAUGUGAAAUAAGAAAUUUUAUUGUACAAACUUCUUCACUAUCAUUACCAGGCGAAUGGGAAAUGGAAAAAAUAAAGAAGUUUGUACAAUAA